UGGGUCUCUGAGGCUCUCAGGUUCACCGUGUUGCUUAAUUAGGACAUCCCGGAAGAGUGCGACCGGAGCUCCUGCUGCUGCUGCUGCUGCUGCUGCGCACAGCCGCGAGGGGAGGACGCACUGGACCGCAUGGUGACGGCGCACAGCCCAGAACAAACCGGACGGAAAUACUAACAAACCCAACUCAAGACGGCGGCAGAAACUUACUGAGGAGCAAAGGAGGGAGGUCAAAACCUGUGAACGCUGCAUCAGGCCAAACAACUUAAACACCAACUGUCUUCAUAUUCAACAAGCUGCAGUUCCUACAAUGAAGUCUUUGUGAAAAUCAGAGAUUGUCACAAUGGAGGAUUUAAUGCAGCGGUUGGAGCGGGCUGUGACUCGCAUGGAGGAAAUAUCCGUCACGAUGCAGGCGUCCAGCAACAUGCUCAAUGGGAACUGUGUCAAUGGUGUAGAUGGAGGUCAGAGUGUGGAGGUCUUCGACGUUCUGCUGAAAGGUCCACUGUCAGAUUAUCUGAACUGCAGCAGAGCUAUAGGAAGUGAAGUGGAGAAACAUGCCGAGAUGGUGAAUGAGGCGCUGCAGACUCAGAGAACGUUUCUUCAGAUGGCUUCCACGCACCAGGAACCGGCACAGAUGGAGCUCCAAGACCUCCUGAAGCCAAUUUCCGAUCACAUCCAGGAGAUCCAGAACUUCAGGGAGCGAAACCGAGGCAGCUCGCUCUUCAACCACCUGUCGGCCGUCAGCGAGAGCAUUCCCGCCCUGGGCUGGGUGGCAGUGAGUCAGAAACCAGGUCAGUACGUGAAGGAAAUGAACGAUGCAGCCACCUUCUACACCAACAGAGUGCUAAAGGACUACAAGGAAACCGACAGACGUCAUGUGGACUGGGUACACGCCUACCUGUCAAUCUGGACUGAGAUGCAGUCCUUCAUCAAGCAGCACCACACCACAGGACUGGUGUGGAGCAAGACUGGUUCCAUUGCUCCUGUGUCUCUCUUAGACUCGUCUCCGCCGUCCAGUGCUCCCUGUCCGCCGCCUCCCCCUCCUCCUCCUGGCCCUCCUCCGGUCUUCACUGAUGAGGACUCCAAGCCUCAAACAGGCAGUGAAUCACCUCAGCACUCAGCUUUGUUUGCCCAGCUCAACCAGGGCAUGGACAUCACUAAAGGUCUGAAGCACGUCUCAGAUGAGCAGAAGACUCAUAAGAACCCCAACCUUCGUUCUCAAGCGUCACCGAUUAAAACCAAAGAUCCCCAGCAUGAGAACGCUCCCAAAGCAGCAGCCCAGAAAAGACUCCCUCUGCUGGAGCUGGAGGGAAAAAAGUGGAGGGUGGAAAACUUUGAGCAGAAACACGACUUGGUGAUUGAGGAGACAGAGUUGAAACAGGUGGUGUACGUCUUUGGCUGCAACAACUCCACCCUGCAGGUCAAAGGCAAAAUUAACUCCAUCAUCGUAGAUAAUUGUAAAAAGCUCGGCCUGGUUUUUGAGAAUGCUGUUGGGAUAGUAGAAAUCAUCAACUCUAGAAGCAUUCAGCUACAGGUGUUAGGAGUUGUUCCUACUAUUUCUAUCAACAAGACCGAGGGCUGCCAGGUCUACCUGAGCAAAGCCGCUCUGAACUGCAACAUUGUCAGUGCCAAGAGCUCUGAGAUGAACAUCCUGAUCCCAGCAGGAGACGAUGACUAUAGGGAGUUUCCCGUCCCGGAGCAGUUCAAGACCGUUUGGGACGGCUCCAAGCUGGUGACAGAACCCACUGAGAUUGCAGGAUGAGAUGCAUGUCAGGAAUCCCUUUUAAAUGCGUUCACGCCCCCUUGAAUGUUUUCACCUUUUGUAAUGUUACUUACACAACCUUCAUUGUAUUUCAUUAGGGUUUAAUGUGACAGACCAGCAAAAGGUGGUGUGUAACUGUGAAUGCUCGCAAAUUCACCAUAUAUGCAGGAUACCUGUGUAUCCAGUAGCCUUUCACUCCAAUGCCAUGAAGUAAACUUUAGUGCAAAUAAUUGCAUUCAUAACUCAUAUAACUAGAAAAUAAAGUUGAUCUGUGUGUAACAGAAACUCGGUAUAAAGUCCAGACAGUGCAAAGAGCAUCAUGAAGGCAAAUGAGCACAACUGACCAGUCACUGAUAAGGUUUUGGAGUAGUUUUACGGCAGGUCUGAAACAUGGUGGUGGCAGCAUCAUGCUGUGGGGAUGAUUCUCUCCGGCAGGGACAGAUAAGGGUUUGUAUAAAGUAUGACAUAAAAGAAAGGAGGUAAGAUUAAAUAGGUUUAUACUUCUCCUUCAUACUCCUUUUCAAACAAAUAGCUCAAAAAUGCAUAUUAAGGUACUUGAACUGUGGGUGAGAAUAUAUUUGAAAUAAAUAAACAAACAUCCAUCUCUACAGUAUAAUGGUUUAUGUGUUAAAAUGGCAUAGUCAAAGUCCAGACCUAAUCUAGUUGAGAAUUUCUGGCAAUAUUUGAACAUUGUUGUUCACGGAUGCUCAAAAUGUGCAAAGGUGGUAGAGACUCACCCCAGUGGACUGGCAGAUGAAACAUUUUAAAAUGUUUAUUCAUUUAAAACGGAAAGGUAAAACAUGCAUAAUUAUGCAUUUCUUUAUGUGCUGGUCUCUCACAAAACCCUAACGAAAUAUAUUAAACUUCAAGGUAUCCACAAAAUUUGGAAGAGGUAUGAACACUUUAGCAGGGUACAAUAGAUAGUGACUGCUAGGUUAACCUCUAUAACUGUAUUUGUGACUUUAUCUUUUUUUUGGCACUUUUCAGCUGUUAAAUCUUCCCACCCCACAGGUUGAUCAGAUUACACUGAAACAAACCUAGAACCCAUCUGUUACAUGUCUGUGCCAUAGCAAUAAAGGCAUUUAUAUGAGACCAUGUAGCUACUGAAAAUUAAAUCUUUAAAUAUAAAACUAACAUUUUAUACUUUCUCUGUUCUGGGUCGUUUAUUCCUAUUUUAGCAUCUAUUUUAGUUAUGAGGUUUUUGCAUUUAUAGUUGCUGUAAUCAGUAAAAGGAUUGAGCUCAGACGGAUGUAAUACACUCAGAUGUGCUGCUUUGCACUACAAUUAUGCCAUUUGUCUGUAGUAUAAUUUAGCACUCGUUAUGUCUUUGUACAUCACUUUAAUUUGUAAUAAAAUUAAGCACAGAGCACUAGCAUAAGACAGAUAGAAAUAUACAUGAAACCAAUGUUUAAUUUACAAUAAAUGUAUGUAAUGCUUGUCAUUUUUCAAAUAAAGGAAAUAUCUCUCA